UGCCGUUCAUCGCUCGGUCGCUCGUAACGUUGUUGGUGGUUGGUUUGCUGAAAUCGGGAUCGCGCUGUGCAGAGAUUACCCAUCCAUCGUUGAAAAGUGCUCCUCAAUUCUGUUAUCAUCGUUCCUACAGUGGCCACCAGCCGUCCUGUUACGUUGGGACGAGUGCGUUGAUAUUGUCGCGAAAAAGUGCCAUCUUUCAGACGUGCGUGAUUCUGUUGUGUUUUUGCGCUGUGUCGGUGCAAAAAAGGUGAAAUUUUGGGUUGUGAUGCAAAGAAGUUAUAAAAAUUGAUUAUUGCGGAAGUCCGGUUGAGUGGUUCUGUCUUUUCUCUGACGAGAGGAAAAAAAAAGUUUCGUCACCAGCCAGCAGGCAGCCACACACAGAAGAAUGUCAAUGAAGUGAAGAGUGUUUUCGGUUUUCUACAAAGUGUGCGGCGAGUGUGUCGGAGGAGGAAAAGUACGAGAAAAAAAUGAAAGUGAAAGCGCCUUCGCCUACUUUAGUCGUUGUUGUCAAUCUGGCGACCGAGAGGGUCGUGUAAAUAAUAUUUACGAAUACCUACCACCCACUACAAGUGCCACUCUGCCUUGCCAUCCUCACAAGAGGAAGGAUUGAAAUAUUCGCGUUAGUACAAUAUGAUUCGGAAGCAAUCAGUUCCACCUGUGCGAUGUGAGAGAUGAAUUUACCUGAACUGUGAAGUGCUGUAUGUUCGGGUUGGUGGAAUUUAUCUCGCAGGAAUCCGCUUAUCAGAGUCGGGAAAAGUAAAUAUCUUACGGUGAGCGUUUUAGUUAGUGGCUGCACAAGACAGGAUAAAAGCGGACGCCUUGUCGUCCGCAGCAGCCGAACAGUAGAGGAUAGAAAGAUGGAAAAUCCAAGUUCGCUUCCAUUCCUUCUAGUCACAGCCAACGUCGGGAGCGUUUUUGAGGACCCCUCGCGACUGCUCAACAUUUGGAUCCAGGAAUUCCUCAGCCAUGUCGUAUCACGUCGGCCGGCCUUUAUCGCCCUGCACCUGCAGGAAGUGGGUGGCAAAACGUACGAAAAAUCCAUGGAGUACGUCCAGGAAUUCAUCAAGAACCUGUGCGAAUCGGCCGAGCUGGCCGACUACAACCGGAUUCGGGUGUACCUGGACGAGGAUUACAAUUCGGCGGAACACUUCACGGCACUAGGAAAUCUUUACUUUGCCAUUCGCACCAUCGGGCAGUUGGAGAUUUGGAACUUUCUCACGCACGAAUGGGAUACGGUCGGAGGCAAAAACAUUCACACCGGCAACAUCGAAUCGGUUGCCACGAAAGAGAAGGCUAAAUUCCCUCAGCAAUUUUUCCCGGAGUGCAAAUGGUCUCGCAAGGGCUUCCUGCGAACUCGCUGGUCUGUCAAUGGAACCGUGUUUGAUUUGGUCAACAUCCAUCUGUUUCACGAUGCGUCCAACCUGGCUGCCUGUGAGGAGUACCCAUCGGUGUACUGCAAGAGCCGUCGGAGGGCUCUGGUGCAUACGCUGGAAAGAUUUCACAAGGAUAAACUGAACAAAGCUGUGCCAUAUUUUGUCUUCGGCGAUUUCAACUUUCGGUGUGACACUGAAGGCGUCAUUAAGAAACUGACUGAGGAUCUCACGAAGCACCAAAUCCCGCACGCAAAAAUCGACAACUCAAAGGUUCAGUACCGCGACUCGGAAGGUGCAAACGUACUUACGGUAGGCAAGAAGGAGUUCAACCAUAACGAUCAAAGCACUUUUAAGGAGAGUUGGCUGCGUCAAUUCGAUCGCGAGCUGGAUUCGCUGCGCAGCAUACUGUACGAAUAUCCAAUCACAUUCCCGCCCUCCUACCCGUACGAGGAAGACCCGCUGCAACCGGGUAGCUACAUGUCCACUCGUUGUCCGGCCUGGUGCGACCGGAUACUGCUUAGUCCAGCGGCCCGCAAACUUAUCGACGAGGGACGAGAGAACGGAAAGGCACAAGGUGCGCCGAUCCCUAAGGAUAUUUACGGUAUCAUCGGUGAGACGGUGUGUAUGGGAGACCAUAAGCCGGUUUAUCUCAAUAUUCGAAUUAAGACGAGUCAAGGUAUUUUAAAUUACUGUUCCUGUGAUACGCAUGCGCCUAAACGUGUUGAACACUUUUCCAAUAAUAGUACUAUUAAUGUUAAUAAUAACAAUAGCUGUAGUAGUAAUUUAGCUAGUAAACUUGUUUGUAGUAAUAGUAGUAGCAACAGUUGCGAACUCAACAAUGCCUACAACAGCAACAACAAUAACAACAGCAUACGAAUCCCCACUACUGCUAACGAAACGAAGCCUGCUAGUGGCUUCAACACUUCAACUCUCAUCACAAGCACCAUCUGCACACCUGUUUGCGCAACCGAUCCCUCUUCUCCCACAGCUGAUACUACUACUACUACUCAAAACGACAGAAACAACAGACCAUCGCUGCAGUCUAACAACAAACAUCACUGUUCGCACUGCUUCGGUCGUAUUCAGACCACGUUUGAUGAGAUUCUUUCCAAGCUGGAGAUGUCAGCCGGAGCGUGUCCCACCGAAACAAACAAACCGAUUGAUCAAUCCACCCGAACCGCGGAUGAACCGCUUACGGUGUCCAAAGCCCCCUUGUCGGUCCGCAUCAGCGUUUUCGACACGGACAGCAACGCCAAUGUUUGUAUGUGUUCAUUGUACAGUAGUAGCUUUAGUCUAGGUGGAGAAAACCGGCGCAGCCGGUCCGGUUCUGUUAAUUGUCGUGAUCAACUACCGUCACCGGAUACUAAUCCCCAAAUAUGUCCCAACUGUCGAAACAUCAUCAAGCAUCAACCGGUCGAGCACCGGAAGACACUCAUCUCGCGCAGACUGAUGUUAGCUAACGACAUCAUUGUGAAUCGUAUCGACAACCAUUAUCUAAACACUUACACAAACUCCACAGGGAAGACGACAGCCGGUGGCACAAUCACCCAUUUCGAACCCUACACUCCGGAGAGUGUAGAAUCUCACUCACCCGUGCCAGAGGGUGCCAACCGGUUAGAACUUGACGAAUCUCAAACCGUAGAUCUGCUGGAUCAAAGUGCACCCCUGCUGGAGGAACCUGCUAGUUCCAACCAAUCACCCGCCAUCUGGCUGAGUGAUUCGAAACAACCACCCACCAAAUCGUCGACGGGUGCAGCUAAUUCGGCGAAGAAAAUUCUUGCUACUGAGGGUGAGGGUUUUUCCAGCUCCAGUACUACUACUAGUCGGUGCGGUGUGUCCCCGCGCCAGCUGAAAUCACGCCUGGAGAAGCUCAAGCGAAUCUCGGACCGCCGGAAACAGUUUCAACAGGGUCGAAGUUCGAACAAUAGUAGCGGGGGUACACAGACCGCCGCCACAGGGACUGCGAGUGCGGAUGAGCUGCUGACGCUGAAUGUCAGCGGGAAAUCUAGUCGAGGGGACGGUGCUGAUGAUGCAGCAGGGAAGGAGGACCUUGCACUCGUUUCGCCACCAGAGACAUCUGGCGGUGAUGGUGACAAGCGGGGGACUGAACGGAACGAUCGCAAGCUGGUCAAUUGCUUCCAGCGGCAUUGUUGUGCUGUAUCGUAGUCUUAGUAGCUUUUUUUAGAGAAAACAGGUGCACAUGGUUUGCGACGUGUGUUUCUGCUGUACUUACGCGGUAAUGUUUUUGUGGUUCAUUUUUUUUGCGGCACAAAAGAAGCAAGAAAGUAAAACGAUUUGUUUUUAUCCUA